AUGUCUUCAAAAUCGACUUCAGCAUCAACAAAACCCCAAGACAAGAGACCUGACAAUAAUAAACCAGGGCAACAGCCACCCACAAAUAUACCACAAUUGGGUGCACUUGAAGAGGAUGAUGAGUUUGAGGAAUUCGCUGCAGAAGAUUGGAAUGAAACCGAAGAAGACAAAGAAACUCAUUUAUGGGAGGAUAAUUGGGAUGACGAGGAUGUUGAGGAUGAGUUCUCUAAACAAUUAAGAGCUGAAUUGACAAAGACACAAAUACAACCACAACCAAUGAAGAUGUAA